UUUGACUUAUUCAGCCUGGUCAGUACAUGUAAAGACAACCCUAUCCACAUGUGGGAUGCCUUCACUGGGCAGCUCAGGUGUACAUACAAGGCCUAUGACCAUAUGGAUGAGGUUGUUGCAGCCCAUAGCCUGACCUUUAACCCCGAGGGAAACAAGUUGUACUGUGGGUUCAACAAAACAGUCCGGAUCUUUGAGACCAACAGACCUGGCAGAGAGUGUGAGACAAGGCCAACUUAUGCAAACAAAGCUGGCCAGGGUGGAAUCAUCUCCUGUAUUGAAUCAAUAACCAUGCCAGACAUCUAUGCUUGUGGAUCAUACUCAAAGUCAGUUGGGGUGUACACAGAGCCCAAAGGGAAGCUGUUGUUUCUGCUGCAGGGUCAGCAGGGUGGGGUGACCCAGGUCAUGUUCUCUCCUGAUGGUAACAGGCUGUACAGUGGAGGCAGGAAGGACCCAGAGAUCCUGUGCUGGGACAUGAGGAACCCAGGAACAGUUCUGUUCAGUCUGAAGAGAGAGGUGGUCACCAACCAGAGGAUGUACUUCCACAUCAGCAGUACCGGACAGUACCUCGUGAGUGGAGGCCAGAGUGGAGUGAUAUCAGUGUGGAACACCACCCUCACACCAGACCCUGGGAACAGCACUGAUGCUGAACCUGUCCUACAGCCUGUGCUGACAUGGAGGGGGCACAAUGAUGCUGUCAAUGGAGUCAGCCUCCAUCCUUUUGCAACCCUGUUGGCCACAGCAUCAGGACAGCGUAAGUUCCACGUUCCCAUGGACAGUAGCGACAGCGACACGGAUGAGAGUGACGAGGAUCUUAUGAGUGACAGACACAUAACCAGGGACAACAGUCUCCGGGUGUGGUCUCUGUCAGCGUAGCAACAGGAGAUGUUGACUUUUCUAUGUUAAUUUUUGUAUUCUUAGGUUUUCUACAGUAAUAGUGUCCCUCAUUCUAUAACCUGAGAGAUGACUCCAUUCAGUCAUAUUGACUAAAAAACAGUUAUGUGUUAUAGUAAUAGAAGUAGAAGUCCUAUAUGGCCUCCUUCAGUAGUCUGGUAGUAGUAGAAGAAGAAGUAGUAGUAGAAAUAGUGUCGUAGAAAUAGUGUCGUAGAAAUAAAAGAUCAGAUCAGCCUAUAGCUAUAGGGCAUUUACAAAAUAUAACCUCCCAGAAAAACUCUCCCAGAAAAGAUUGACAAUUUUAUGCAAUUUCUUUUUUUUUUAGACAGAAUGGACAUAGGUCAACCUUUUUCCUUUAAAAUUUGUAAAAAGACAUUUUGUCUUAAUAUUUUCUCCACUUCUUCUUUACAUCUUGUGCAGAUGAUGUGUUCUUGUAAACAUUUUAGACAUGGAGAGGUGUCAAUAUGAAUGUUUUGUUAUCAGUAGAUAUCUAUGAUACAUGUAGCUUGGAAGAGCUUAUGACACAAAUUUGUAACAUGUACAGUUUU